AUGUUCAAUCUCCGAGUUUUUUGUCAAGAUCAUCCUCAGCGGACUAUUGCUUUGGUGACUACCGAUCAUGUCCUAAUCUUCCACUACAACGCAACCGAUACUGGUGCGAAGGGUCCGCCUCGCUGCCAGGUUGAAUUCUCGGAUGUUUCAUCCGUGGACCUUGGGAGCUAUCGGCCACUCGGUGCUGGAUAUGGCACAUUGGGUCUUAUUACAUUGAACGACGAUGUGUUCGUCUGUGUGGUCACCGGCGCCUCCCAGGCUGCUACUGUGCGGCCCGGGGAAACCGUGUCCAGGAUCGACAACGUUGGUUUCUAUUGCCUUAAUCGCCCCGAGUAUGAGUACGGCAUGGACUAUGAGACUGGCUCUCAUUUCGCUGCCGAAGAGCGCGCUGCUGGGGAAGGGAAGGAGAUGGUGACCGACCAUCCCUUCCUCGCCCUUAAAAAGCUGCUCAGUGAUGGGAGCUUUUACUACUGCCUUGACUUCAAUCUCACCGAUCGCCUACAGAACCGAGCCGAUAAAUCAACGGCAUUCGAUAUUGACACUCUGGAUGAAGACAUGCUUUGGAAUUCAUACAUGAUCAAUCCCCUUCUUCUGUUUCGAAGCCAUCUGCCACCUUCGGACAAAGCAAAGCUGGAUGCAUCUCAACUUCUCACCUGUGUCAUCCGUGGAUAUGCCGGUACCCUCAAGGUUCCUGCAACUAUCUCCAUUCUACCCCAAGUGCGAACCAAUUUCCCGUCGCUGUUAACCAUCAUCUCACGGCAAUCGUCUCGGCGUGCUGGCACGAGGUUCAAUUCCCGAGGUAUCGAUGAUGAUGGCAACGUGGCCAACUUUGUAGAGACGGAAAUGAUUCUUUGGGUUGCACCGGGCAUCACUUUCUCAUAUGCCCAGGUUCGAGGCUCCGUUCCGAUCUUCUGGGAGCAAGCCCCCGGCCUCAUUCCGGGACAGCAGAAGAUCGAGAUAACGCGGUCGAGCGAGGCCACCCAGCACGCGUUCAAUCAACACUUUGAGACUCUUGAACUGCAAUACGGCGCUGUUCAUGUGGUCAACCUCCUCAGUCAGCUCAGAAGCGGCGAGGCGGAGCUUACGGCCAAGUUUCGCGAGCACAUAUCGAGGAGCUCACUCCGCCAAAAAGAAGACCCCGUGAAAUCUGGGCGCCGUAACCUUUUGCGAGCGACCGAAUAUGAUUUUCUUGCGGAGACGCGAGGUCCCGCUGGGUAUGAAGCAAGUAGCCAGAUCAAGUAUGAGCUGGCCGACUCUCUGGAUGGCUUUGCAUAUUUUCUGUCAGAAGACGUUGCUCGCUCCGCUGGGUCCGCCGAUGAUAAAGAUGAUGUAGCCAGCAGCUCUUCGGUCAUCCUGCAGCAGGAAGGGGUUUUUCGGACCAACUGUCUGGAUUGUCUAGACCGAACAAACCUUGUCCAGACCAUCAUCAGUUCGAUGGCAUUGGAGUCAUUUCUGUCACAGCAAGGCGGAAGGCUGAGCUCGGACAUCCAGAUGCGCCAUUCAACCCUCUGGGCUGACAACGGUGAUGCACUUUCCAAAAUUUACGCGGGAACAGGCGCCCUCAAAUCCUCUUUUACGCGACAUGGGAAGAUGUCCCUUGCGGGCGCGCUUGCAGAUGCACGCAAAAGCGCAACUCGGCUCUAUGUCAACAAUUUUACCGACAAGGCACGUCAGAAGACAAUCGAUCUUCUCCUAGGUAGAUUGGCACACCAAAUACCAGUCUAUCUCUAUGACCCAAUGAAUGAUUUGGUCACCGAGGAGCUGAGCCGGCGUGCCUCGGAAUAUUCAUCGACCAAACACAUUCGACUCUGGGUCGGUAGCUUCAACGUGAAUGGCCGUGAUGAAGGCCCCGGUGCCGACCUUACGCCAUGGCUGUUUCCCGAAGCCGAUGACGCCAACGAGGACCCCACAGUCUUCGCCGUCGGAUUUCAAGAAAUCGUGGAUUUAAGUCCACAACAGAUCAUGUCAACGGACCCAAGUACUCGGAAGGUGUGGGAAAAAGCUGUUCAGCAAUGUUUGAAUAAUCGCGCGAGGAUGAAAGGGACCAGCAAGUACGUGCUGUUGAGAAGCGGGCAGCUUGUGGGCGCUGCACUUAUGAUCUACGUGAAGCUAGACGCAUUGAAGGAAAUAAAGAAUGUCGAGGGCACUACAGGUCUCUCGGGGAUCGCCGGCAACAAGGGUGGUUGUGCCAUCCGGUUUGACUUUUCCAACACGAGCAUCUGCUUUAUCACCGCCCACCUGGCUGCCGGGUUUGCGAACUACGACGAACGAAAUAGGGACUACGAGACUAUUGACCGAGGGCUACGUUUUCAAAAGAAUCGAUCCAUUGCAGAUCACGACACUGUGAUCUGGCUCGGGGAUUUUAACUACCGAAUUGGACUGGGAAAUCAGAUCGUGAGAGAUCUUGUCACGCAACGUGACUAUCAAAAACUCUAUGAUAAUGACCAGUUGAAUCUGCAAAUGAUUGCAGGGAGAGCUUUCCAGUUCUAUUCGGAGGGUCCUAUAAGAUUCCCUCCGACAUACAAAUACGAUGUCGGCACCGACCACUACGAUACUUCCGAAAAGGGCCGUAUUCCUGCGUGGUGUGAUCGGGUGCUAUGGAGAGGGGCUAAUGUACGUCAAACCGGGUAUCAAACCGCCGACUUGCGGGUUUCUGACCACCGCCCGGUCUGGUCAAUGUUUGACUGCGUUAUCAAUGUUGUUGAUCUUGGUCUCAAAGAUAGCCUGAGACGUUUGCUUUAUAAGGAGAAACAGGAUGACGCUCUCUCCGAUUCACCACACCUCCUGGACCUAGAUGAUGAGGAUAGCAUGGCGCAAGUCUCCAUUGCGCCGGGGUUACCACCAGCCAGCUCAGAUCGAACGAGAUGGUGGCUGGAUCAAGGCGCCCCCGUCAAGGCGACGGUUCAGCCACCUGCAGAGAGGUUCAUUGCAAAUCCCAAACGCAAGUCCAAUCCGUUCUCAAUGGAUACCGAACCUGACUGGGUACCAAACUCCAGUUUAAUGGGUAAGCAGGCAGACGCUCGCACGGAUAGGAAGCCGGUGCCUCCUCCGCGACAACAAGCGUUUGACGGAUCGGAGUCUACGGGACCUCGAAGUGGAAGUUCAACCAUGAGUAAAUCACCUCCGGCCGUGCCUCGAAAGCCGCUCUCACUGAGCUCUCAAGGGGGUGUUCGAAGUCCGGUCUCGGGUUCUGACCAAGGCGUAUGGGCAGCGCCUCAGAGCAACACCGGGGCUCCAGAUCUCCUUGGUGAUGAUGCGGACGAACAGAUUGAGUGGAGGCCACUCCUACCUCAGCGAUGA